AUGGGGAGCUUGGUUGUUGACAAGGGCCGACUAGGUGCCUUGCAGGACUGGGUCUGGGAGAGUGGUUUUGGGGCCAACGAGACAUGCCCACUGAUCAAUUCGACAUUUCAAUCCUUUCCACAUUGUCACCAAGGCCGAAUCCCCGUUUAUUCGGCACUCGUUGAGUCCUCCGCUCAAAUUCAAGAAGCUGUUCGUUUUGCUCGAGCACAUAAUCUGCAUCUGGUGGUUCGCAACACUGGCCACGAUGGCGCGGGCCGAUCGAGCGGGCCGGAUUCAUUCCAGAUUCACACCCAUCGACUGAAAGGCAUCACGGAGAACUCUAUGCCCGAGGGGAUCGCGACGGUUUUAUCGUGGUUGGGGGAGAGUGUCCUACGGUCGGGGCUGCCGGGGGAUUCAUUUUGGGAGGAGGAGUCUCCAUCAGAGCGUUUCCCAAUCCCCCCCGCAUUCAUUGAGAAGCUCUCCGUACGGGGGGCUCGGUCGGAUGUUGAGUUCUGGCGACUUGGGGCUACGACACAGUUGGAAGCACUCCGGGAUCUGAACAGAGAGGGCAUCGUGGGACAGUUUGAGUUAAAGCAUUUAGCGGAGAGGGGCUCCAUGGAGGUGAGUCUCGAGGUGUAUAAUUUGAACACGACCGACAUUUCCAGCAACCGCAUGAAUGUCCUAAGGGUUGCUCUUGAGCGCAGUGGACUACACCCCACAUUCCUCUCAAGAUCUGUUUCUAAGUUGACAUCGGCCCUCCGGCAUAGAGGAGACAUCUAUCCAGAUGACUACGGUAUCUUGAUGGGGUCUGUUAUCGUGUCCAAUACCUUAUUCAAUUCAUCGCGGGGACCCCAGCGUAUAGCCGACCGACUCUCUCAAUUUCCGAUGGCUAUUGGUGAUACGAUCUUUACCAGUAACCUGGGAGGACGAGUAACAGACUCUCAAGGGCUUAUUGAUACCUCUAUGCAUCCGGCAUGGCGAUCUUCCUCCCAGCUGUUCAACUUUGUUCGGUAUUUGCCGUAUAAAUCCGUGGAAGGCAAGAUUACGGCGAUGGAUGACUUGACCCAGGUCCAGAUGCCCAUAUUGUAUGCUUUGGACCCCAGCAUUCGAGCAUCAUAUCUUAAUCUCCCUGAUCCCAACCAGAAAGAUGCCCCGCAAGUAUACUGGGGGAAAAACUACGGUCAGUUGCUCCGCAUUAAGCGACAGUGGGAUCCAGAUGACCUUUUCGUUGUCAGAUCAGGUGUCGGCAGCGAAAAUUGGGAUGUUGAAGGACUCUGCAAGCAAGGGAUGAGCGUGUUGGCCCGAUUUCAGACCUUCCUGGAUGCCUUGGCCUGGCAUUUUCGAUAG